AUGAACCCACAAUACUUAAACGAGCAUUCAUUUACAAGGAAAGGACUUCUUGAGAAUGUUCUUGCUCCAAACGGAUUCGAUGGAGUUAGAGCUCAUCAAGAUAUUGCUCAAUUAGCAAAGGAGCAAAAAUACAGAAGAUAUACUGGCACGUUCCUUGUUGGAAACAGUCUUCUAGGAUUAUUCUCAAUCUUCAAUCUAACUAGAUUUGGCAGAUUGAGUGCUUCUGGAAAAUCUGCAGCUGUGGCUGGAACUUUUAUCUGCACUCUAAACGAAUAUGUUGCUCUUCAAAAGCUUGGAUUCUUGAGAACUUAAUCAGUUGCUCCUGCUCCCGCUCAAGAGGCACAAUAAUGA